AGAAUCUUACAUAAUAAUAAAUCAACGAAUCCAUUAAUUUUAUGUUCUUUAAUUUCAUAAAAGUUGAUAGCAAAAAUGGCAUCACUCAAGUCCCGUUUGGACCACUCCAUCACUCCCAUCGCUCUCCGAUCUUACCUCGCAGAAUUCAUAUCCACCUUCCUCUUCGUCUUCGCCUCCGUCGGUGCCGCCAUGUCAUCCCGAAAAAUGAUGGCUGAUGCAGCAUUACCCGAUCCGUCAAGCCUAGCAGUUACUGCAAUGGCGAACGCCUUCGCCUUGUCGGCGGCGGUGUACAUCGCCGCCAACGUCUCCGGCGGACAUGUGAAUCCGGCAGUCACCUUCGGAAUGGCGGUCGGAGGACACAUUACAAUUCCCAUGGCUAUGUUCUAUUGGAUGGCACAAAUGCUUGCUUCGGUUAUGGCUUGCCUUCUCUUAAAAACAACUACCGUCGGACAGCAAAUACCAGUUCACGCAAUCCCGAGCGAAAUGACUGGAUUCGGAGCAGCGGUAUUGGAAGGUGUGAUGACAUUCGGACUUGUGUACACCGUGUACGCAUCUGCGGACCCCAGGAGGGGGGCAAUGGGGGCCAAUAUGGGGCCCCUGGCAAUAGGGUUUAUAGCCGGGGCAAAUGUUUUGGCAUCGGGUCCCUUCACGGGCGGGUCGAUGAAUCCAGCAUGCUCGUUUGGUGCUUCGCUUAUCGGAGGCAGUUUCAAGAAUCAAGCUGUUUAUUGGGUCGGGCCUUUAAUCGGAGCAGCUGUUGCUGGAAUUGUUUACGAUAACGUCGUUUUCCCCUUUCAAUCCCCUGAUUCUUUGAGGGGUGUUUCUGAUGAUGGAGUUGGAGUCUAAAUUGUUGCUUAAGCAGAUUGUUUUAUUCAUGAAGUAAUUUGUUUUGUUUUUUUUUUUUUUUUUUUUUUUAUUUUAGGAAGAUAGUAGUUUUCUUGUACAUCAACUUGCUGCUAAUUUGUAUGAUUAGUAAUAACUGUUUGGUUCUUGUGAUUCUUGAUCCUUUGAUGGGGUUUCUUGCAAUUAGUACCCCUGUGUUGUAUCGAUUUGCUAAAAUACACCCCCAUGUUAUUUUUAUUUGCAAAACCCCCUUAAUAAUUAAG